AUGAAUAAGGUGUGGAUGGGCACAGACAUUUCUCGGAGGCAGCGCCACCAAGUCGACACUACACAUUCCGAGGAGAUUAAGGAAUACAGUGGGCACACUUUACCACUGACUUUUGUGGGAAACCUGACUUUCGGUGGUCAUUCUGCGAAUUUGUUACUGGAGAAUAUGCUAACUGGAACAAAGAAGAGAAAUAGCGGCGGUGCCACGUCGGACGAAGACGAUUUGCUAGGAUACUUGGAUGUUGCAUUUGAACGCGAACAGCAUUCUUCGUGGGACCUUUACCCACUGGACCACCAAUUAGCAGCCAAUAAGUAG